AUGCGCAUUGUGUUUCUUGUCAUAAAAUUCAACGCGUUGCAUAUCAACUCUGUACGCAUGUGCAAAUGUUUGAUCCUCAGCCAGCAGUCCGAUCUCAAAAUGCCUUGUGAUAAAUCCGUUCCUCAGGUCCCUCAAUCCCCUCAAUCCCCUGUUAGCUCUCCUUCCCUUUCUGUACCAAAAGCUUGA